AUGCAUGGACCCAAUUGUUUUCUGGAAGAAUCAACUAAGUAUGUUUCUGAAUGUUCGUUUUGGAGUCUCAAAACUUUCAAGUGGACAGGGUUCAACGGAGCACAAGAAGCAAGAGAUCUCGUGAUUUUCAUCUUGAAAAAUGCUUAUCGAUUAAAGACUGCGACGACAUUGACUCCGUCAGAGUUGGAUAUACAUUGGAAACUUGAAAUAAUCAAGGAGUUGUCACUUUCUUCCCGAGCUUCAACAAUGUGCCAACUCGCAUUUGAUUGA